AAUUCACAAAACUCAAAGGAAUUGCUGUCAACCAUUAUUUUAAGGAAAGGAAAUGUGUCUUGAAGGCCCUGCUAAAUAUGAUUAUAAUGAGUCGCUAUCCAAGAGAAUGCUUCCAAGUAAUCACAGACAAAUCGAGUACAUCCUUGGGUCCAUGAAAUUCAACUUCGAAGAUUUCAAGAAAGAAAUUAAAGCUUUGGAUAAUACUUGUCCUGUAUCUUUAGUUUAUAAUCUUCCUCAAGCGCAGGAUUUAGAUGAUUUCAAAGCAAUUCUUGACAUUAUGCUCUCAAAGAGACUUACUGAGCUACGAAUCAAUUUUAAUUUUCAGAAUAAAGAAUGUGCAGAAUACCUCUGUGGAAUGCUCGAACAGAAUAAAAUUCUUUGUAGUCUCUAUGUGACAUUUAUGGACAAAUAUUAUGGGUAUUCUAUUCUUGAGUCAAUAUCCACACUAGAUUCUCUAACUUUCUUAUCCCUAAAAUCAGAUUACUCUUGUAAUCACCCUAUUAUGGAAACUAUUGAGAAAUACUUGAGUGAGUUCCAAAAGCCCUUUGAAAUCAGCAUCCCAAACCAGAAUAAGACGUUCAAAAGUUUUAAUAACUUCUAUUAA